AUGUCAGCCCAUCCCAGAGUUUUAAUUACCCGUUCAGUCCCUCCCGCAGGAAUAGACCCUCUUAAGGCCGAGUGUGACGUAUGGGUCUGGCCCGAGGAAGAUCAAAUCCCAGUUGAGGAGUUUAAGAAACGAGCGGCGGGGGUAACCGCUAUAUUUUGUCACCCUCCGGACAUGAUCAACAGAGAUCUACUAGACGCUGCAGGUCCGAGUCUGAAAGUCGUUGGAACUAUGUCCGUUGGUCUUGAACACAUUGAUAUCACUGAGUGUCGACGUCGUGGUAUUAAGGUCGGCCAUUGUCCGAACGUGCUUAAUGAUGCAGUGGCUGAACUGACCAUAGCCCUUCUUUUGUCAGCAGCACGCAGACUCAAGGAAGGGUACGCCUGUACGAAUGGUGAAGAAACCUGGCAAAAUGCAUUAUUUCUCUGUGGACACGAGAUCAGUGGCUCCACCAUUGGCAUUGUGGGAUUGGGGCGUAUCGGUAUGGCUGUUGCUAGGCGACUCCAAGCGUUCAAGGUUGCUAAGUUUCUGUACACCGGAAAUAGUCAGAAGUCAUAUGCAGAAGAAGUGAAAGCAGAAUUUGUUUCGUUUGACAAACUUCUCGAAAAUUCUGAUUUUGUAAUCGCAUGUUGUUCGAUCAAUGCAAACAAUCGAGGUCUUUUCAACAAAGCUGCAUUUAAAAAGAUGAAGAAAUCAGCCAUAUUUAUCAAUGUUUCACGAGGGGUACUGGUCAACCAGGACGAUUUGAUUGAGGCCUUGACCACUGGUGAAAUAUAUGGCGCCGGACUUGACGUCACCACUCCGGAACCUCUUCCACCAGACAGUCCACUACACUCCCUGAUGAACUGUCUGGUAACACCCCACCUCGGCAGUGCUAGCCUGAAGACAAGAAAUGAAAUGGCCAGUCUCACAGCCAGGAACAUUUUGGCGGGAAUUCGAGGCGAAGACCUUCUCCGCUGUGUCGUCGUUCAGGCGUUUGAUUUCGGGCAAGGGUUUUAA